AUGACCUAUAGAGGAGAUGUCACUGGCGCCCAGGCGGCCCAGUAUUUCGACAAGGUCAGAUUGGAGCCCUUCAGAGAUGCUACUCUCGGCGUGUCCACUUUCGACCUCACCCUUGAACACGUUUGUGAGGGCUUCGAGUUUGCUGUUCAAGAGGGAUGGUUUGAGCUUGAGACGUUCGAUCGGAAGGCUUGGGAGCAUUAUCAGCAGCUCUCGAAUGGAGAUAUGAACUGGAUAGUACCGGCGAAGAUUCUAGCUUUUGCUGGUCCUAGUGACACUUUGGUGGAUGAGCAGGGCCAGGAGGUGUGCCACCCUGAGCUUUAUGUGAAGACAUUCUCAACACCUGAUUUUGGCAUCACUACUGUGGUGAGGCUCAAUGAGCGCAGAUACUCCCCCAGCUAUUUCACCGAACAUGGAAUAAAGCACUAUGACCUUAAUUUCGAGGUAGUUUGA